AAACCCAGCCUAGGACAGACUCACUUCUAGGCUUUUCUGUCUACAAAGUCACUAGCUUACAGCCCACAAGACCCCAGCCCAGGGCCUACAUCCUCACCAUGGUGAAGUUGCUGCCUGCCCAGGAGGCAGCCAAGAUCUACCACACCAACUAUGUGCGCAACUCGAGGGCUGUGGGUGUGAUGUGGGGCACACUCACCAUCUGCUUUUCGGUACUUGUCAUGGCCCUCUUUAUCCAGCCCUACUGGAUUGGUGACAGCGUUAACACACCCCAGGCAGGCUACUUCGGCCUUUUCUCCUACUGUGUGGGCAACGUGCUGUCCUCUGAGCUCAUCUGCAAGGGUGGCCCGCUGGACUUCUCCUCCAUUCCCUCCAGAGCUUUCAAGACUGCCAUGUUUUUUGUGGCCUUGGCCAUGUUCCUCAUCAUUGGCUCCAUCAUCUGCUUUAGCCUCUUCUUCGUCUGUAACACGGCCACUGUCUACAAGAUCUGCGCUUGGAUGCAGCUGGCUGCAGCCACAGGCCUCAUGAUCGGCUGCCUGGUCUACCCGGAUGGCUGGGACUCAAGUGAGGUGCGACGCAUGUGUGGGGAGCAGACGGGCAAGUACACGCUGGGUCAGUGCACCAUCCGCUGGGCCUUCAUGCUGGCCAUCCUCAGCAUCGGAGACGCCCUCAUCCUCUCCUUCCUGGCCUUCGUGCUGGGCUACCGGCAGGACAAGCUCCUCCCUGAUGACUACAAGGCCGAUGGAAAAGGACAAUGGAAAAUUAAGGAAUCGAAUUCUUCAGUGAUAAAGACUUGUUCCUUCCAUGCUUCCCUGUUCCUGGCUACUAUAGGCCUGAUGGUCGGAAGCCUUUGGCUGUAGGAUUAGACCGUGACAUUCCCCUGAGACAAGACACCCUACCGUGUACAGAACACUUUUGGUGGAGCAGAACUGCGGUGACCCACGUCAAAGAUGGCGGGACUCUUCCGCCGGCCCCAGUUCUCUUCAUAUCCUCUUCAUACCGGCGGUCACAGGACCUCCUGGAGGCCUCUCCUGUGUCAAAUGAGAGGGCUAAAUGAAUCCAGGUCUCAAGGCUUCCCAGGUCUGAGUCUCCAAGAGUCUGAGGACACGUUCCUUUGAAGGCAUACUGGACACUGUCACCCGCUCUCAAAGGGCAGCUGAGGAAGAGGUGGCUGUCGUGCCGGGUCAUUUCAGGUUGAGGCUUAGGGGGUCCUCUGCUUCUUUCUUACUGUUUUAUUGAUGAUCAGAUGUGGGUAAGGAAUGGAGGGGCCGCCAGAACCCGAAUCUAUCAGGAAGUCCUGUAAAGACUGGGUGAACAUAGGAUCUAAAAACUUAGGAGAACAAACUGACUCUCUCCCCUUUGAGCCCCAUUACACUCCCUCGUAGUGCCCACUCCGACCUGGUCAGAACUGGCCACCUGCUUAAGAAAUUUGUUACUUGUGUCCAUGUGAUUUGUUUUAGUAAUAGAUUACAUUUCUUGUAAAAACUACUUUGGACUUGGCACUCUUAAUGGUGAGUCUUUUGCCAGCCUCCAGAGGGGAACUCGAUUUAGGUAACACCUCCCUGUAGCAAAUGCCAAGAUGAAGACAGGUCCUUAGGCUCUUCCCUGACUGGAGAUGGUGCCUAGAAACAGGGUUUGUUGAUUAUCUGAAGGGGACAAUCCUGAGGAGCAGGUAAUUUUUCCUGGUCUUGAGAAUUCACUUAGUAAAGAAAAAACGUGGCUGCUGAAGGAGAGGAGAGCAGGUAAACGCUGAACGGAUCUGUAAUGGAUCUUGUUAUUUGAUCAAGGAGCGGUCACUGACACUGUAAAGUUUCUCAUUCCUGGUUUGUAAGGGCAUUUUUUUUUUAAGUACCCUCCUACAUGGGGGUUUGAACUCACGACCUCGGCAAGAGUCCCACACUCUAUGGACUGAGCCAACCAGCUGCCCCUUUUAAAAGUAGCCAGGUAUGGGGGCCUGGGUGGCUCAGUUGGUGACACGUCUGACUUUGGCUCAGGCCACAAUCUCAUGGU